UAAACUAGGGGGGCAGGUCGAUGCCCACACGCAACCCACGAGCUUCCGAAGGAUUCCGAGAGGCAAGUGCGAUUUUUUUUUUCUCGCUUUGAUCAGUUUGCAGUGAGGAUGGAUUAUAUGAACGAAAACAAUGUCGUUGAUCAGUCAAAUAAUGGCACCGGAAACUAUAAUAAUCUGGGUACGAACAAACUGAGUCAAACAGAUUACGAGAACAAAAAGGCUUCUGUUCAUGCCGAGAUGGCGAGAGUGAACAAGCUCCCUUCCAAUAGCAGCUAUGCACUUCAUCGGAUCAAAGUGCUGAACAAGAUUCUGCGUCUUCUUUCUAUUCCAAGGACUAUCUCGCAAGAAGAGGAACUGGAACUGCUCUUUGCGGGGCUUUCUUUGUAAGAAUGAGGGAAGACUACUCUCCAGGUGAAUGAUAAUUCUGGUGGCUUUAAAGAUCAUUAGACCAGCUCCUGAAGAUCGAGAUUUUCUCCAUGUUGUGUGAGUGUGGGGAUAAGAGGGAGUGUUUUCUGCUAGAGCUUGGUGGUUGUAGUGUUGUUCAUGCUUUCACAAUUUUGUAUAGUUUUUGUAGAUGUAAUUAGUUCAGGCUCACCUUUUGUUCUCCCGUGAUGUGUUAAUGAGAUCUAUAUUGCUCUUGUUUUCUCCUUUUGUUUUCUUUGCUUUGAUGUUUGUUUUGCUUCUGUGGUUGUUGGAGGAGGACACUAAGCAAGAAUAAGAUGCAAGGGAAAUCUUCAGUCA